AUGAAAAAAACAAGUGUAUCUAAAAAUAAAAAUAGUAAAAAUGAUGAUGAACAAACAUCGAAAUCAGUAAAAACAAAAACCUCCAACAAUCUAAAGACCAACUUAAAGCUAUCAUUUAUUUAUAGUAUGAUUGGUGGUGUUUUUGCAUCAUUUUCUUCAGUUUGUGGUAAAAUUGCUUUAGAUUCAACAUUCCUCACACAAUAUGUUUCAAGUGAUCAAAUAGAUUUAAUUGCUAGAGUUAUUGGGUUUGCUAGUAUUUUUAUUUGUACCACUAUGCAAUGGAGAUAUGCAGCCAAAGGUAUGGAUUUAGCAAGUUCAACUGUAACCUCCACUGUUAUUACAACCUCAAGUAAUUUCUUUUUUACAGCAUUUUUUGGAUGGUUAUUCUUCAAAGAAAACCUAUCAUUAAAAUGGUGGUUAGGAGCUUCAUUAAUUAUGAUGGGUUUAUUUUUUAUGAAUUCUGAUGACAUUAAUGAACAAAAAGAGAAACCAAAAAAUAAAAAAAACUAA